AUGUCUCAUUUUACAAGUGAAGAUGAAGCUCUGUUGCAGUCUAUGCUUAGACAGUUGCUGCAGAGUGUGAAGGAAAAAAUCACCGGAGCCCCAUCAGUAGAAUGUGCAGAAGAAAUUCUCUUGCAUUUGGAGGAAACAGAUGAGAAUUUUCACAACUAUGAGUUUGUGAAAUACCUUAGACAAUACAUAAAAAAUACUGUGGGACCUGUGAUUGAAGAAGAAGCAGAAAAAUGUACCUCUGCUCAAAAUCAGGGUGAAAUAUCUGGCUAUGACACACUUGUCCAACAUCUUACUAAGAAGGCCCGUGAAUCAAAAGAAUACAGAGAAAUGAUGAAUGCCUUGAAGAAUGUCAUGAUGGUUGUGGUAGAAUCUUUGAUUAACAAGUUUGAAGAAGAUCGCAUGCACGAUAAGGAGCUGGCUAGUAAAGCAAAGAAAGAGCUUCAGAGUGGCUAUUACACAGACAACUGUUCUGACAGUGACUCCUCCUUCAACCAAAGUUAUGCAUUCAUGAGCCAAGAACAAUUGCAGCUGCUUGCAGAAAGGCUUGACCCUAGUCAGCCCAAGGAAGUUCGCCAAGAAGCUUUGCAGACGCUGUGCUUGGCCCCUGCCUCUGAUAUCCUGAGCUCUGACAGUUGGCCAGGUUUGCGUAAGCAUCUGACCAUCUCUCUGGCAGAUCCUGAUACAGCAUUCAGUGAGAAAAUUCUUAGGUUCUAUGCAAAAACCUUUUCUUCUUCUCCAUUUAAUAUGACAAAAGAAGUCUAUACAAGUUUAGCAAGACACUUGGAGUUGUACUUUCUUUCUGGAGAAUAUUCUCUUCAUAUCUCAGCUGGUCUGGAUGUAUCUAACUCAGAUGUAAAUCGUUUACUUAAAAAGAUUCGUCUUUUAAAUGAGUACCAAAAGGAAGCACCAUCUUCCUGGAUUCGACAUCCAGAAAAGUACAUGGAAGAAGUAGUGGAGAGUACCUUGUCACUUUUGUCAUUAAAACACAAGCCUAAUCAUCCUGCCUCUCCAGAUUUCUUGAGUCCAAUGCACUUCUUGGCUCUGCUAGAUAUCAAAGCAGUGUGGUUUAAGAAGUGGACGCAUGCAUAUUACAGCAGAAGAGUGGUAUUUAGGCUUCUGGAAAGGAAAUACAAAUCCUUGAUUAAUGCAGCGGUCCAGCAGUGUCUUGAUUAUUUUGAAUUUUGCAAGGCAGCAGUUAAUAAAAAUUCCAAAGUCAGUGACUUUUCACAGCAGCACUGUAGUGAUAUGCAGAAUUUUUCUUACACUGGACCAGAAUUGCAGUACAUCUAUUUUGUUCAUUCAUUGUGCCUCUUAGGAAGAUUGUUAAUCUAUAAGCAAGGCCAGAAUCUCUUUCCAGUACAGCUAAAAAGUAAAAAAGAUAGUGUAUCCAUAACUGAUGUGCUGGUAUUAUUUGCUCAACUUAUUUAUUACUCUCCAAGUUACCCAAAGACAGAUUUGGUAGCAGAUACAGACAAUUAUUCUCCAGCAAGUCUUGUUAUGGAGAUUCUGCAAGUUUUUUGUGAUCAAACAGGAUGUGCUGCUGAAUGUUUGUAUAAAGACACAGUGAUAGAUGCCCUGCUUCAUCCUGUUCAAAGUUUGCUGAGUGGCGCAGAGGUGCAUAUAAACUGUCUUGAAACCACUUUACUUGAUGUAGCUGAUAUUUUGGCAAGGAUUGCUGCUUCAGAAGAUGGUCUUUCUCUUCUUCUUUAUGGAGAAAAUGAAAACAAUGCCAAAGACACUCCUACAGCUGCUCAUGUACUUGUUCAGUUCACAAAGAAACUUCUUCAUGACAACAUUUCUCUUUUAUCUGGAUCAGAGCUUAUGCCAGUUAUUAAAGGAGCUUUCAUUUUUGUAUGCCGUCAAAUGUACAGAACUUGUGAAGGCCUACAGAUGCUAAUUCCUUAUGGCUUGCAUGAAUCUAUUGCAGAGGCCUGGAGAAAGACAAAUUUGCUCUCAGAGAGAGUACCUACUCCUGUAACUAAUGCAGACUCCACUUCAUCAAUAAGUCAAGACUUAAAAUCCAGUUUGUUAUGGGAAGAGACUUUGUUAGAUGCCUUGCUGAAUUUUUGUACCACACCCAAAGGACUAUUUCUGCUUCAUAGUACAGGUGCCAUGUUUGACUGUGUGCACUUUAUGUUUAACAGUUUAUCAAAAAAAAUCCAGACAAAUGAAUAUGAAGACUUUGGUAAUAGAAUCAUUGUUACACAAAUGGCAACAACACCAAUGGCUGCAGUAGCUCUGCGGAAUUCAGGCUUUAUAAAGGCACUUCUGACUGAAUUAUGGGCUCUUUUGGAGUGUGGAAAAGAUGAUUUGAGGAUAACCCAACCCAGACCUACUCCAGUUGACCCUAUAGACCAAAGUUGUCAAAAGUCUUUUUUGUUUCUGGUAAACGUGCUCACUUACCCAGCAGUUUUUGAGCUCCUGAGUAAACAAGAUAUACCAAAUAAACCCAUGUACUCAUUCCGUGAAGUACCCACAGAUAUAAUUGAUAUCAUUGACAGGCUUAUAAUUUUGAACUCAGAAGCUAAAAUUCAUUCCUUAUUCAAUUAUGAACAAUCCCAUAUAUUUGGUCUGAGGCUGUUAAAUGUGCUGUGCUGUGAGCUCAAUACCUUUUUACUCUUGGAGACUCAGUAUAAAGUAUCACAAGUUUUACUGACUGCUCAGGAGGAAAAUGUCACAGAAACUUCAGAAGGACCAGGAAUUUUUAUAAUUGAUGCUCUGUCAGUGGAGAGAAACCAUGUUCUUGUAAGGAUAAAUCUGAUCGGAGGACCACAAGAAAGGAUUUUGCCUUCGAGAGAAUUAGAUAAGGGCAGUGGUCUAUAUCCAUGGCCAAUGUUUUCAUCAUUCCCUGUGCCAAAGUGCUAUGUUGCAGAAAUUCCUAGGAAAGCUGAAUUCAGACAAGAUAAAGAUCUUGACAAGCUCUUAAAACUCCUAAAAGGUCCAGGCAAGCCAACCAGGUGGGCAGAAAUUUGUAGAAAACAGUUCUGCAAAGUCAUGAAAACCAGACCAGAUAGCAUCAGUGGACCAAUUUUGGCAGAAUUAAUUGAAAAGUUCGUGUCACAUCUUUCUGAAAGCAGAACAGAUUGUUAUUUCAACACAGGAAGCUAUAAAGCCAUAGAUGCAGAUGUGAAGAAAGAAAACCUUUCAUCUGUGCAGCAGCUUGGUGUUGAAAUGACAGUCAGAUAUGGAAAAUACUUAAACUUGCUAAAAGAAGAUGCUGAAAAUGGGCUGUGUUUCGUGUUAAUGAAUUGUGAGGAGUUUCUGAAACAACAGCAAAGAACUGUGGUAUCUUCUCUUUGCUGCCUGCAGAAGCACUAUGAUGGUUAUGACUGGUUUGCAUCUUCCAUCUUCCUCAUAAUGUCAGGGGACAGGGAGAAGACACUGACGUUUCUUCAGCAAUUUUCAUGUCUUCUUGUUUCAGCAUUUCUCUGGCUACCAAGACUGCAUUUGUCUAUGCACCUUCCUGUUACAACAGUGGAAUAUGGCAUCCAUCCAGUCUAUUUUUGCAGUGCUCACCAUGUUGAAAUGUUGCUGAAAGCAGAGUUGCCCCUUGUCUGUUCAGCCUUCCACAUGUCUGGUUUCACUCCAUCCCAGAUCUGUCUGCAAUGGAUAACUCAGUGUUUCUGGAAUUACAUGGACUGGAGUGAGAUCUGUCACUACAUUGCCAUAUGUAUUUUCCUUGGUCCUGAUUAUCAAAUAUAUAUGUGUAUUUCUGUGUUCAGACACCUACAGCAAGACAUCCUGAAGCACACAGAAGCCCGAGAUCUUCAGGUUUUUCUGAAAGAGGAAGCACUGCAUGGAUUUCGAGUGAGUGAUUAUUUAGACUACAUGGAAAGCUUGGAGGAGAUCUACAGACCAAUGCUGCUGAGAGACAUGAGGACCAUAAGAGCAGAGAAUACAUAG